CAAUCCAUUACUCUGCAGAAAAGAUCUAUCUUGAACAAAGAAAACAUAAUUCAAAACAGUAAUUGGUUACUUUUUCUUCAUCAAUUCACCCACAUCUAAAGUAACCCCUCAACUGCCAUUAUCUUUUUGUUGGACAGAAAAGCAGGACCUUCUCCAAUAUAUUUAUGAAAGAGUGGGUGCAGAAGAGUUGGUAAGCCAAACAACCAGCAUAUUGAGUAUGCAACUCUUACGCCCAGAAGAUCCAACUUAUCAACACGAAUGGGUCCUGGAAGACAUCCGCACAACAUUCUUCAAAUGUACCAGAUGGCAAAUCGAAGAGACCAUGGAUCCAAUUAACUGCCCUUAUCAUUACUUCUGCGACAGCACUUACCCAGGGAAUUAUCCGCCCGCUGUGGAUGUUCUAUUAGUUUUCUUUACCACAGCUUCAUACCUGGCAACCCUAUUGUUGAUGGUCAUGGAGAUAUAUGGCAGAAGCCGGCAAACUCAUCUUGGCCAACUAAGAAGAUACUUGCUACCAUCUGGUCCAGUUUCCCUCCCAAUAUUCGUCAUGGCCAUUGCCAAGGGCCGCCGGAUCAACACAGUGUUUCCCCUUUCAUGCAUCGGCCCUGCCAUCCUCCAAUUGAUUCAAAUCUCAGCUCUUGCAUUUGACAGCGAAGCUGACGGGGAUGUCAAGUACGCAUUCUUCAAGGCAUCAACAGUCUCUGGAAUUUUUCAUGCAAGCCUGUACCUGGAUUCAACUAUAUUGCCUUACUAUACAGGUUUUGAUGCCCUAGUGUCAUCAACCUUCUCUGGUGAGUGUACAUCUUGCGUGUGUCGGAAAGAAGCCCUGGUUGUGGGAGGAAAGUUUUCCUAUAGGGGGUGGUCACUAGCAACACUUCUGGUCGCGGGUACUCUUUGUUUAAGGAUUAUAUACAGGAUAUCCUCUGAGAACAGAGGAAAAACCCUAAUAAUCAAGUCCAUAUUGGAAAAUUUAGGUUGGAUCUUAAUAACUAUGGACUCUGUACAUCUAAUAGUGAAUUCUCCUCCUGAAAGAUCUCUGUCACGUGAUGCUGCAUUUGCAGCUUCCCUAGUGUUGAUUUGCCUUCAUGUACUCAAAAAAGCAUGCACUCAGCUUACACAGUGGCAGUGGCAUUCAAGGUCCGAAAAAUAAGAUGGAAUAAGAUGCAUCACAAACAUGAAAGAAAAAUAUAAUAAAGGGAAGAAGCAUAUGUGUUUGCAUAAAUUACAGUUUUUUCUAUUCAAUGUGAAGUUGCUCAAAAGGUAAUAAAAAAUUGCACCACAAAAAAUUUAGAAGCUAAGGGUAGUGUAGCACAUCAAUAAUGGCAGAUGGUACAAAUUCCUAAGCUUAUUCCUGGUUACAGCACGGCAACUCUUAUCCUCGCCUUAAAAAGGCUUCUAGAGCAAGAUUCCAUAGCACUUCACAAGAAAAAUCUCCGGCGGCUAGUGUCCAUUUCCGGCUAGCAUUCAGGGGGGGGGGGGGGGGGGG